AUGUCGAUGUCAUCGGAGCUAGCGGCAGGAAUAGAGGAAGAUGAUCUCCAUUUUAGAAACUUAUCAGCAAUACAAAAAGCCAAAACAUCGCUUACAAGCAUAUCACCAAAAAAUGGUGAAGAUAUAACGUUAUUUCAAAGAAUGAUUAGUGCAUGUCUGGGAUCAUUUGUGACAUCUUUAGUAGUAACUCCAUUCGAUGUUGUAAGGAUACGUAUUCAACAACAAGAGAUUUUACCUAUUACUAACCCUUGUUGUGAAGUGCACUUCCCGGCGGAUGUUAUAGCGAAGCAAAAACCAACGUCCGGGGUGCCACCUGAAUUAUUCUGGUUGUCUCAAAACUAUUGUAAAAGUGCUGAAAACUGUUUUAGAAUAACGUCUACUUUUCAGGGGUUUUCAACUAUCAGCAAGCAUGAAGGAAUAUUUACGUUGUGGAGAGGACUAUCUUUAACAUUAUUCAUGACGAUUCCCUCAAACAUCAUCUAUUUCACGGGAUAUGAAUACAUAAGAGAUAAUUCCCCAUUAAAAUCACAUAUUCUAAAUCCAUUAGUUUGUGGAUCCUGUGCAAGAGUUAUGGCAGCAACUUUUGUUGCGCCUAUAGAGUUAAUAAAAACUAGAUUGCAAUCCAUUCCCUCUGACAAGAAAGCGAAUCCAAACAUAUUAUCCAAUCUAUUUAAAGAUCUGUAUUCCAUUGUGAAACAAAAGGGUGUGGGAACUUUGUUCAGAGGAUUAAAAAUUACUUUAUGGAGAGAUGUACCAUUUUCUGGAAUUUAUUGGUCUUGUUACGAGAUAUUCAAGGCUAAAAUAAGUAAUGUACUUAACGCUGAUUUUCAAAAGUCUAGCAUAGCAGAACCAGUUGAAGACUGGAAGAUUUUUGCUACGAGUUUUAUAUCGGGAUCAUUAUCGGGAACAAUUGGGGCGUUUUGCACCCACCCUUUUGAUGUUGGGAAGACAAGAUUACAAAUUACGAGUGAACAAGCUGCUAAAGAAGGUUCCGAGAAGAAACCUUCGAUGUUCAAAUUCCUAACUAGCAUUUAUAGACAAGAAGGAUUAAGAGCCUUAUACAGUGGAAUCGGUCCUCGUGUCUUGAAAAUUGCCCCAUCCUGUGCAAUCAUGAUUUCGUCAUAUGAGAUAGGUAAAAAUUUUUAG